AUGUUGUUUUUCGGAGUUUCCUACAGAGGGCGGCAAAGAAGGUUGGCCGCGAUGGCGGCGGUGAAGUCAAAAGUUGAGGCUAGUAUUACAAAGAAAGAUGAUAAUACGAGUUGUGAUAAAAAAUCGAAACAAUUGGGUCUACAAAUGUUUGAACUUUGUUUGUCUGCAAUUUCUCUGUGUACUUUUAUUGCAGAUUUCAGCACUGAUGUUAUUGUAGUAAUCAGCUAUUUUCAUUAUGGAAAAAUGUAUUGGGCAAUUAUUACCCUUUUGUUUAUAAUAGUGCCAGCCAUCAUAGUACAACUUUUCAGUAUGCGAUGGUACAUUACUGAUGACAAAGCUCAUUGGUAUCAUUGGCUAACACAUGCAUUUCUUCUUGGCGUUCUUCACAGGUAUGUUGAAGUUUUGAAGACUGGUGUUGAAUCUUGGUCUGGUGCAGAUUUCAACGAUGUACAACGUUUGUACCAUCAGUGGAAUGAUGUUUGCUUGUUGCAUCUUUUUGAAUCUUUCAUGGAAUCAGCUCCUCAAUUAUUAAUACAAAUUUAUAUUAUGAUAAAUCUUGAAGAUUGGUGGAGUUGGACUGGUAAGUAA